GGCUGCUUGGUUAAUUACACAUCAUGAUGAAAAACCAGUACUCGAUCGUAUCCUCCAGCGACAUCCUUGGAAGAAACCUUGAAAGAUCCCAUAAAGUUCUAUGAGAGUAUAAGCUCCCAGAAUUUUUGGAAAAUUUCAUGAGAGAAGUAGGAACAAGAUGCACCUUUGUUGAUAGCAUUACCAAAGGAAAUGACCUCGACUUCGGACCAAAUAUUGAAGAAGAAAUGCUUAUUAAUGACCCUUCCUCAGGAGAUGAAUCUGAGGAUUCCAAGAGGUCGAUAUUUCCUCUGCCACCAAAGCUCUCUGAAGUCCUGAACUGUGUCUAUGAUCCCUUGGUUUACGUCCCUUUGAAAAACAUAGAUGAAGCGAUUGAUGGACUUAAGCUCUACCUAAUGUUCAGCCGGCUUGACAAAGAUACCAAUCCGAAGCAGUUUUAUAAAUCAUUAAUCAAGAUUUCCUCCAGAUGAAGUGACUCUAUCAUCAUUGACUGAGUAAAGAUCUUGGAUACCUCCCAGAGUCACUACAAAGCAAUAGUUGAGUUCAAAGAUGAUAAGCAUUGUUCUGAGGUUUACGAGUUUCUUAACUCACCUAAGUACAAAGGAAAGUUUAAAAAUAAGGAAAAAGAGUCAAUCCAGAUCAAUUAUGCUCUGGACUCUAGCAGGGUUGAGAAUAGCGGCUGGGUAGCUGUUGUUAUCAGGAAUCUUCCUAGAGAGGCCACCAAGUCUAUCAUCGUUGCCAAUUGUAGCCAAAAUGGUGAGAAAGUACUUUAUGCAACUAACCCUAUCAAAGUGAAAAAUAUGUACUGUUGUAUGGUCAGAGUCAAGACCAUUGAUGAUGCGGAAAAGAUCUGUAGGCGACUGAACGAAAAGCGUAAAUUUAAAGAAGGAAUCUUUGUAGACAUCCAUCCAAACAGUAACUACAAAAGGCAAAAUCCUCAGAAAAGCCAAUUUUCCAUUUUCAAAAAUGAGAAGUAUUUUCCCUCGAAUGAUGGUAAGAAGAAGGUUAAAGUCCAUGAUGAAGUAGCUGAAAUGAAGAACCCCAAGCCUGACAAUAGCAUUAUCGGUCAGCUGACCCUCCUAGACCGCAAGACUGACUGGAAAAACAAAGAUGUCUCUAUUAUAGGUCUUGAAAAGUCCAAGAUUGAGCUUGACCGUGAGCAUCCUCUCUCCAUCAGAAACCGAAAGAUACACAACCUUCUGUGUGAAAUCUCUAGUGAUCGGAAGAAAUUCCCUAAAAUGGACUUGGUGGAUGCAGCCCCACCUAUAUUCCCAAAGAAAGUGGAGAAAGAGCCUGAGUUAGACGAAGCGAACACAAAUGAAGCCACUAAGGAAGAUAUGUCUGACAAUGACUCCACCAAGGCUGAAAGAGAUGAUAUAUGCGAAGUACAACCCACCAACUGUGACGAUCUGGUCAUUAUGAACGAGGAAGCAUUCAAAGAAAAGAAAGCUUCCAAGCUAGAUGUCAAUUUCAUUAAGAAGAGAAAUGUUAAGUUUCAUGCUAAAAGAGUUGUGAAACAGGAAGAGAAUGAGUAUGAUGAUAUUGCACCAUCAGAGCCUGCUUUCUUUGAGAUCACCCAUAAAUAAGAGAACAAACACAUUCCGAAGGAUUAAAUGUGAUUAAUUGAACUUAAGAGUUAUGAUAUCAUAAAUGUAUCC